AUGCCAAAAAUUUCUUACGUCCCUGAUCCUCCUCCUCCUCCAACACAGGAUGGCUAUGAUCCAACGGCGGGCUCGGAUGUUGAUGAGAGUCGUGACGAAGUGUUUGUCAUGUAUUUCAACUUAUACCUGAUUAUAGAUUGCACAAAGAUUGCGGGUAUCAACACAGCUGCUUAUCGCUCUGAAAUUCAGCUAAUAUUGACGACAGUAGUGAUUGGAUCUAUCAGUGUAUUCACCACUUUUUUGCGGAGCAUCUUGGAUGUGUCAUUCUAUGAUAUCCACAUGAAUCAUUUACAGAAGAUAUCCGAUGUUGUAUUCGCAUAUUUUAACAUAUUGGCGCUGGGGUUCAUCAACAGUAAUGUGCGGCAUAAGAUAUUGCAACUUGUCAAAUGUUGGAAAUCGAGGUCCACCACAACUAGGGUUGAAGGCAUUUCCUCGAUUGUAAUUUGA